AUGGCUAAAAAUACGGUUACUUUGCCCGUGGACUCAAACAUUGAGUCCAAGGAGGCUCAAGUAGGCGGUAAUUUAGCCCAUAAGGCGUAUAAUGAGAUGACCACUGGAAGUACUAAACCUCGGAAUUCCACUGCAUCACAUUCUUCUUCAGGGAAAGACGUGCUUGUUGCUUCCAAUGCCCAGGGUGUAGCAAAAUUGCCAGUGCCUAAUGAGAGUGGGACAGUUGGACCUGCACCUAUGGAAAUCACGGAUCCAAAGGAUUUCAAACAUGCACCCUCAAGAGAAAAGAACCUGCACGAAACUAGUAUUGACAAGGAAAGUGUGCUUAACAGAGAGCGUGAAGCCAAGCGUAUUAGAGAAAAGGUUGGCGAAGAAAAUGUGGAUAAUUUGUUUCCUUGGAAUCGUAUUGGUACCUUCUCUAGUGACGGUAGCCGCUCAAGCACUGAUUCUAAGCUUGUGAAGGCAUACAUCACAGAGAAUUUUUACAAUGACUAUUACUAUAACACGGCCGGUGUAGUUGGUACGUGUUUUUUUUCCUGGUUACUUGCUCAUUGGGGGUUUUCGUGGUGGUCUCUGUGGUUUAUCAUCUUUUGUACCGCCUCUGUUUACAGGACGGAGUUUCGUCGUUUCAACAGAAACAUAAGAGAUGAUUUGACAAGAAUUACUGUGCAGGAAACUCUUUCUGAUAGGACUGAAAGAACUUUGUGGUUGAACUCAUUCUUGUCCAAAUUUUGGGUGAUCUACAUGCCUGUUCUCUCUCAACAGGUCAAAGAUGUCGUGAACCCAAACUUGGCGGGCGUUGCACCAGGUUACGGUAUUGAUGCAUUGUCUUUGGACGAAUUCACGCUUGGAACAAAGUCUCCAACAAUUGAUGGCAUCAAGUCUUAUACUAAGAAGGGUAAGGAUACAGUUGAGAUGGACUGGACUUUCUCUUUUACCCCUAACGACGUUUCAAAUAUGACCGCGAAAGAAGCUGAAGAGAAAAUCAACCCUAAGAUUGCUCUUGGCGUUACAGUAGGUAAGGGUUUUGUUUCUAAAUCCCUCCCUGUCCUUGUAGAAGACAUUAAUGUUGCUGGUAAAUUGCGUAUCACAAUCAAAUUUGGUAACUCUUUUCCUAAUAUCAAAACAGUAUCAAUUUCUCUCUUGGAGCCUCCUCUGAUCGACUUUGCCUUGAAACCUGUUGGUGGUGAUACAUUAGGAUUAGAUAUUAUGUCCUUCUUGCCCGGUUUGAAGACGUUUGUUAAGACUCAAAUCAACUCGAAUGUUGGACCAAUGCUUUACAAUCCUAAUAAGAUGGAUAUUGAUGUGGAGGAAAUUAUGGCAGCCCAAGCAAAGGACUCUAUUGGUGUUGUUGCGGUAACUAUAAAUUGUGCCGACAACUUGAAGGGGUCAGAUUUCAUCGGUAACACUGUUGACCCAUACGUGACAUUGGUGACUGAAAAAGAUGCUACUGCAGAAGCACCUGUCCGCACAUCUGUCAAAUCUGAUGUUAAAUCACCUCGGUGGAAUGAAACAAAGUAUAUCAUUGUCGACUCUCUUGAACAGAAGCUAUCUUUGUCAUGCUAUGACUUCAAUGAUGUUAGAAAGGAUGCACUAAUUGGUAAAGUUGAGUUCGACAUGGCUGAGUUAUAUCAGAACCCUUCUUUUGAAAAUAUCUGUUCCAAGUUAAUGUCAGAUGGGAAAGCGAGAGGUGUUUUGAAUUAUGAUAUACAUUGGCUACCCGUUAUCGAUAAGGAAAGCAGCGAGAAUAAAGAAAGCACCGAAAAUUCCAAGGGAGCCAAUGAAGAAGAUGAAAUCGAAGCAGCAGAGCAAUCUUCCGAUGUCGGUAUUUUAAAAGCUACGUUACACAAGGUAAAAUAUCUCAUCUCCGAGUCUCGUCUGGCGGGGGCAAUAAGUCCCUUUGCUGAACUUUCAAUUGAUGGCAAACGUGUGAAACGCUACAGGACUCUGAGACGUAUCAAUGAACCUUCAUGGGAAGAAACUGUCGAAGUUUUGAUUCCAUCUAAGAAGAAUUCAAUUGUAAGUAUUAAAGUGUUUGAUGAAGGUAUGACCGGUAAGGAAUUGCUGUGUGAAUACUCCUCAUCAUUGGAAGAUAUCUUGAAUCUUGCUGAAAUUGGCCAAGCUACGUUAAAAGCUUCUCCUCAAGGUGAAAUAUCAUUUUCAGCACUUUGGAAACCUGUUGCUAUGACUGGAUCUUUCGCUCCAGCCAAUUCAGUUCGUCAAUCCAUCGGUGUAGUGAAGAUGUUUCUGCAUAAUGCUAUCGUUAAAGACAAUCUGUCCGGCGUCGGUGAUAUUGACCCUUACAUUAAUGUAAGAUUAAACCAUCACCUUAUUUUCAAAACCCGCUAUUAUUCAGAAACACGCGAGCCAACUUUCAAUCAAAGAGUGUAUGUGCCUGUCACUUCCGAAAACCAGACUAUUUCUUUAGAUCUCAUUGACUAUCAGAAAGUUGGGGAUGAUCGCAUCAUAGGGACUUACAAUUUCCCUGUUUCUAGAUUGAUGAAAAAGAACCCUAAAACAGGUAAAUAUGAAGCAAGUGAGGGAGAGAAGCAAAAGGAAUGCAGACUCCUUUCUAAACGUAUGGAGCUCACCAAGAAUUAUAUUACAGCAACCACGUCUUUUAUGCCAAUUGUUCCAGUCUAUGCACCAGAAGAGUUGGAAACAGUUGAGAGCAUAGAGAAGAAGAUAAAGGAAAAACGUCAAAAGAUUGACAAGGAGCAAGAGGAGCUCAAGAAAGAGAUGGAAAAGCACCCUGAUGACUAUGAGAUUGUUGAGAUUGAUGAAUCUGACGAAGAUGAAAAGAAUCUAAAUAGAAAAGCAAAAAUGAAUUUGAAUGAACUUGUCGAACACAACGCUGGUGUUUUGGAUAUUCAAGUUUUAAGAGGAAAAUUGGCCAAAAGUUCUGCUUACCUGCAAGUUUUAUUCGAUGAUUUCGCUUGUCCUACCAUUGUAUCGUUGAAAAGCAAGAACGGAAAUGUCCAGCCUGACAGCGGAUCGUGCUUCAUCCGUGAUUUGAAAAACAGUCGUGUUACAUUUCGGAUCACUCGGAAAUCGCAGCCUCGCGAAUUGGAUGAUGUUUUUACAGAAGAAUGCUUCAGCGUUUACGAUCUUCUACAGAAAGGCUACGAGAAGCCUACUAUUGUUGACGUAAAAGGCUCUAAGCUUGAGGUUAAAUUCCUAUAUACUCCCUUAUCCGUUAAACUACCAGAAUCGGAAACAGUCCUGGAUACUGGCACAAUGGAACUAAAGGUUAUAUCAGCUGAAAACAUCCCCUCUCAUGAUAGGAAUGGUAAAUCCGACCCAUUUGUCGUCGUAAGGGUUGAUGGAGAAAAGGUCGCCAAAACAGAAGUUCAAAGAAAAACUCUUUCGCCCGUGUGGAAUCAAAAGCUAGAUGUUCCAAUUCCUUCCAGAUCGGGUAAUAAGGUUACAGUGGAAAUCCAUGAUUGGGACAGGACUGGUUCAAACGACUUGUUAUGUUCAAAUGUACUUGACACAACACAGUUCGAUCCAAAGAAAACAAAAGAUGUAGUAUUAAACCUAAAGCCGCAGGGUAGGGUGAAACUAGGAGUCACCUUUGUGCCUAAAUAUCUCUUUCCAGCUUUGGAUCCUAUUGAAGGUGGCCUCGCGGGCAUGCCAUUCAAGGCAAUUGGCGGUGUUGCAAAUAUUGGCGUCGGUGUGGCAGGUGCAGGAUUAGGAGCGGCUCAGAAUGUUGCAGGGGCUGGUUUGGGCGCUGUCUCUAAUGUCGCAGGAACAGGUUUAGGAGGUUUACACAAGGGCAGUAAGCUUUUAAAAGGUUUCGGUUCAAGUAAGAAAUCAAAGGCCCUAGAAUCUGAUGAGAACUCUAAACCCACAGAGCGCAAGUCCGCAUCAGCUACUUUGAGGUCGUCGUUGGAUUACGAUACCUCCAAACCAAACAAUAGUUAUACUCAAGUCCAACAAGGCAACCUACCAACAUCUCCGCAAAAAAACGGAAGCGCGUCGAGUAUCGCUGGCGUAGCUGGGCCUAUCCACCAACGUACGGCCUCAUAUGCCAGCAGUUUUGCUCGUACUCUGGCGCCAAACGGUACUUACAAAGGUAAAGUUACUGUAGUUGGCGCGGAGAACAUGGGCAAGUCUGUCCAAGUGAGAGUUUCGUUGGCACAAGGUGGCCGCAUAAAACACUUGUAUCGUACAGAAGAGAAGAAGGCCGACAACGAUGGCAAGGUCAAAUUUGAGGAAGAGUGUACUUUCAAAGCAUCACCAGAAGCAAACUUGGUUUUUGGUGCUGUUGCUCUUCAUCGUUUCAGCAAAGACACAGAAUUAGGUGUUGCUCAAAUCAAUCUAGCUGAUUCACAAAUACAACAAGAUGGUCAACUGGCGAUGAAGAUUGGCAGAGGACACUUGAUUCUCAAGAUUGACUAUGGCCAUGAAGAUGUUCCCCCAGUUCCUGAUAUUCCCUCCGAAUAUAAACAUUGA